GUGGUGUGAUGUGCCAAGUCAGGAUUUAACGUUUGGCGAAUAAAAUGAAAAAAAGAAAAAUCUAACGGCAGUGACCAAAUUAUAAGAAUUUUAUUUUGAGUGAUCAAAAUGAAAGUGAUUUAAAAGUUGAGUGAUUAAGCAAGAAUUUACCCCAUGAAUAAUAGAGGUCGCAUAAGUUGAACCAAAUCCUUUUCUAACACCCUAGAUGUUCUUUUCAUCAAAUUUUAUACUUCUUUUCAUGCAAGUGGCCUAUUAUAAUACACCCCAAUCUUGCCUCAUCAAACCACCAAAUAUCGUACGGUCCACCCAAUUCGCAUCAACAUCCCCCCCUGCACGUUAGCCCUUUCCACUCUCCCCUGCUAACUUGCACCACUUCGGUUGAUCAAAACCUAGCUUUCUCUCUCUCUUCUUUGCCGCUUUGUCAAAACUAAUGUCAAGAUUUUCAAGCGGCUUCAGGCGGUUCACCAGGUUUUAAUUUUUUUCCCUUUUCCAAUUUCUUUGAUAGAUUUUUUCAAGCAAAAAGAUUCGAACUUUUUCCCUAAACUUUGGAGUUUUAUGUAGUUUCAAUUGAAGGAAAAGUAGGAAACAAGAGAAACCCAUGUUGGAAACGUGUUAGAACAAUGGAAUCUAGUGGCUUUGAGAGUUGGUUUUUUGUUAAUUUUCGUGCCUUUUACUCCAUGAGCAAUGUAUGUUAAAGGUUAAUGAUUUGAUUGGUUUACGUUGUUCCUUGUUGUUUAGAAUUUUUGUUGUAAAUGGGAAAUGUGGAAAUACCAAAAUGGCUUAAACGGUUGCCAUUGGCACCUGAAUUUCGGCCAACUGAUACCGAGUUUGCUGACCCUAUUGCAUAUAUAUCAAAGAUUGAGAAAGAAGCUGGUGCUUAUGGCAUAUGUAAGAUUAUCCCACCGUUGCCUAAACCAUCAAAAAGGUAUGUCUUUAACAACUUGAAUAGGUCACUGUCCAAGUCUCCGGAAUUAGGAAGUGAUGUGAAUAUUGGUUCUGUUUCGAAUUUUGGGGAUAGUGGUGGUGAUGUGCGGGAAAGAAGGGCGGUGUUUACGACUCGGCAUCAGGAGUUGGGACGGAGUGGGAAGAGAAUGAAAGGGGUGGUUAGUAGUCCACAAUGUGGUGCUCAGAAACAAGUGUGGCAAAGUGGAGAGAUUUAUACGUUGGAGCAGUUUGAGUCCAAGUCGAAGACUUUUGCAAAGAGUUUAUUGGGUCUGCUUAAGGAGGUAUCACCGUUGCAUAUUGAGGCGUUGUUUUGGAAGGUGGCUUCAGAGAAGUCUAUAUAUGUGGAAUAUGCUAAUGAUGUCCCUGGAUCAGGUUUCGGGGAACCAGAGGGUCAAUUUCGGUAUUUCCAUAGGAGGAGGAGAAAGAGGAUGUCGUACCGGAGGGAAAACUCUGAAUGCAGGAAAGAUGAGAUUGAUGCUGUAAAUAAUUCACAAAUGGUUGAGAUUAACAAUACUUCUGUUAAAAGUGAUCCAGAUACACGUGUAGAAACACCCAAGUCAUCUACUACAUUGUCAGCCAUUGCAUCAGAUGUAAAUUCUCACUCUAAAAGAAAGAGUGGAAAUGCUAGUAAUGAUAUGGAAGGUACUGCAGGUUGGAAGCUUUCAAAUAGUCCUUGGAACCUUCAAGUGAUUGCUCGCUCAGCUGGCUCACUUACACGAUUUAUGCCUGAUGAUAUUCCUGGUGUUACUUCUCCCAUGGUUUAUAUUGGCAUGUUGUUUAGCUGGUUUGCAUGGCAUGUUGAAGACCAUGAGCUUCAUAGCAUGAAUUUUCUUCAUACUGGUUCUUCAAAGACUUGGUAUGCUGUUCCUGGAGAUCAUGCAUUUGCUUUUGAGGAGGUUAUCCGCGCCGAGGCUUAUGGUGGAAACAUCGACCGCUUAGCUGCUCUGUCAUUAUUGGGUGAGAAGACAACUCUUCUAUCACCUGAGUUGAUUGUCGCAUCUGGCAUUCCUUGUUGCAGGUUAAUACAGAAUCCUGGUGAAUUUGUUGUGACUUUUCCGAGAGCCUACCAUGUAGGAUUCAGCCAUGGUUUUAACUGCGGGGAAGCUGCAAACUUUGGAACUCCACAGUGGCUUCAAGUUGCUAAAGAUGCUGCUGUUCGUAGAGCAGCUAUGAACUAUCUUCCAAUGCUUUCUCAUCAGCAGCUGUUAUACCUUUUGACGAUGUCGUUCAUGUCAAGGGUACCAAGAUCCUUGCUACCUGGUGCUCGCAGUUCUCGUUUGAGAGACCGCUUGAAGGAAGAACGAGAGGUGUUAGUAAAGAAGGCUUUUGUAGAAGACUUGUUGACCGAAAAUAAAUUGUUAUCUCUUCUUCUUAAGAGAGGAUCGACUUAUCGUGCAAUAAUGUGGGACCCUUUGUUACUUCCUUAUACGAGCAGAGAUUCUGAAUUGCCCAGCAGAACUGCUACAGAUUCUACAAUAAUGCAAGAAAAUGUUUCUGAUAUUCAUGGUGAAGAUAAAUCUGAUCAAAAGAAUCUCUUAGAUGAGAUGUGCUUCUACAUGGAAAAUCUGAACUAUUUAUAUUCGAAUGAUGAUGAUUUGACUUGCGAUUUUCAAGUUGAUUCGGGGACAUUGGUUUGUGUUGCUUGUGGAAUUCUGGGUUAUCCAUUUAUGUCUGUGGUACAACCAUCUGAGGGAGCAGCAAUGGAAUUUCUACCUGUGGAUCAUCUUUCUAGUCAAGGUCCAACAGUCUUGGUACCUAAGAAUGCCCAUUCUUGCCCUAUUGAGGGCUCAGUUUCAGACAAUCUCAAUCAUGUUCUGGAUCUAUCUCUUCCUUCCAAGCAGGCGGCAUUACCAUCAAUAACCAAGUUUUCCGAUGGAUGGGACACCUCUAAUAAAUAUCUGAGACCUCGGGUUUUCUGCCUGGAGCAUGCUGUUCAAGUUGAGGAGCUUUUGCAGUCCAAAGGUGGAGCAAAAAUGCUGGUAAUUUGCCAUUCAGAUUAUCAGAAGAUAAAGGCAAAUGCAAUACCUGUUGCGGACGAUAUUGGUAUCCCUUUUAAUUACAAUGAUGUUCCACUAGAUGCUGCAUCUGAAGAGGAUCUAAAUUUGAUCAAUUUUGCAAUUGAUGAUGAACAUGAUGAAAUUCAGGAAGACUGGACCUCCAAACUUGGUGUUAACUUGCGAUACUGUGUCAAAGUCCGAAAGAACUCUUCGUUUAAGCAAGUUCAGCAUGCACUACCAUUGAGUGGUCUUUUCACCGAUAAAUAUAGCAGUUUGGAGUUAUUUAACAUCAAAUGGCAGUCGAGAAAAUCUCGUUCAAAAGGCAAGUUAAACCACCCAUCACCUUCUAAACCAUGUGAAAGCGUUGAAAUGAAAGUAGAUGAAAUAAUGAUGGAAAAACUUGAUAGCGACAUUUCUAAAUAUGGGCAGAAAAUUAUUCAGUAUUCGAGAAGGAAAAAAAGAAAAUCAGAUUAUUCAACUGGAGGUGGUGGGGGUGUUGAACUGUUGAAGAAUGACUUGCCAAGAGAAGAUUCGGCUGCUUCAAUUCAAUUUCUUGAUAAACAUGGAGGAAAUAAAUCCAAGAUAAAUGCCAGAAGUGAGUCAAUUCAGGCACAGCUUGAGGUCCCAACUACCUCAGUUGUACAAAGGGACCAGAACAGAAUUGUGGAGGAAACGGGUCCAGAUGAUGAAGCUCAGAGUUUGAUAGCCUGUGCUAGUUCUAUAAAGAAAUGUGAGAACAAGCUUAUGGAAAGGAACAGUGAGAAUGGUGAGAUUUCUCCUGCUGAAAAAUGUUCUAAAUUCUGUCUUGUUGCGGAUGGUGAAGUGUAUUUGGAAAAUACUGCCACUGCUACCAAGGUUUGCAACCCAGUUUCUGAACAACAGAGUGAUGAACCAACUUCCAGGUAUGGUUUGAUAAAUGGUAACUCAGCAAGUUCACACUCUGCUCAGCGAUGUGCUGGAAGAUACAAUCAAGGAUUGGAGGACAUAACUGUUCCAAAAUUUUCUAUAAACGGAGGGGCUUUUUCAGGUAUGACGUCUGAGAACGAAGUGCAGCAAGGAACUGAAGCUACCAGCAGAAAUAACUCCGAGGUGAUUAUAAGAUCUGAAGUUCCAAAGGUGCCCUUUGCUGCGGCAGAUUCAUGUGACGGUACAGUUUCCCAGAAUAAAGCACAGAAGCAGGAAAUCCAGAUUAAUGCAAGGAAGGAAGUACUUCUAUCUGGUUCUUUCACGUCAGCAGGCAUUGAUCAUCAGUCUACUGAUCUCUCUGUGGAAGAAUACUCCACAAUUUCCAAGAAUCCUGGUGCCGAAGAAGACUGUCAUACUGAUGUGGCCUUAGAUGUUGAAGUGUUGCAAGAGAUCCAAGCUACAAAAGGAACUGGUGGGGAUGAAGUUAUAACUUGUUCCGAUUUGCCAAUCCUAGAAAAGCAGCCUACUCCUGUUAUGAUGGAAGCUUGCUCCGAGAUUCAGCAGGAUAGCAGUUCUUCAAAGAAACUGUGUGUUGGUGCAACUGCAGAUGCUGACAGCCAUGAAAAUGACCCUAAUAGAUAUGAAAAGAAUGAAGAAUCUGCUUCUUGCUGUCAUACACCUAUAAAUCAGACAACUAUCCCAAUCCAAAAGUACUCAAGAGCUCAUAGAGAAACUUGUGCUACUGUGAAUGUAAAUGAUGGCACGGAUGUUUGUUCUUCUGUAGAGAAUGGAGAUCUCGAGUCUGCUAUGGUAAAUUGUAAAUCAAAUGCCAUGGGACGAAAGAGGAAGAGAGAAUUGGAGGAAACAUGUCAAAAGGUUGGCAGUGAUGGCUUUAUUAGAAGUCCAUGUGAAGGGUUGAGGCCAAGGGCUUGGAAAGAUGCAACCAGCAGUUUUGAUGCAGACAAAGCAUCCUCAGAGGGGCUGCAGACAAAAGAGACGAGGAAACCUUCAACUCAUGCCCAUAGGAAGAUAAUAAUCGAAACAGGGUCUCAUGGAUGUGACCUGGAAGGCUGCCAUAUGAGUUUCAAGACAAAGGAAGAGUUGAGGUUGCACAAACGCAAUCGGUGUCCGUACGAAGGCUGUGGAAAGAAGUUCCGUUCCCACAAAUAUGCAGUCCUUCAUCAACGAGUCCACGAUGAUGAUAGGCCCCUCAAGUGCCCAUGGAAAGGUUGUUCCAUGUCAUUCAAGUGGGCAUGGGCUAGGACCGAGCAUAUACGGGUGCACACUGGAGUACGCCCGUAUAAGUGCAAGGUUGAAGGCUGUGGCCUUUCUUUCAGGUUUGUGUCUGAUUUUAGUCGGCAUAGACGAAAAACCGGGCAUUACAUUGACUCUUGAGCCUGGAAGUUUGUCAUUAUAGUUGGGUUUCAUCUGUCACGCACAAGGUUAUCGGUUCCGGGGCCGUAACAGUUCUACCGGAAUCAUGUACAAACUCAAAAAUUCUGAUUAGGCAUAGUUUAGGCAGUAAACUGAUCCCUUUUGUAGAUUGGCAUUCUCCAAUCAUUUGAAUGCUUUUAAAAGAGUGGAAAAUCUUCUUAGCUUCUGUUUUCUGUGGAUUGUGCUACUAUGGCAAUCCCUUUGUGUAGAAAUUACUCUUUAUGUUGUUUCAAUUCUUUAAAUUUCUUGAAGCA